AGUCCGAAGCCAAACAUUUCCGAUAUGAAUUUAAUAAAUAAUGAAUAUGGUAUCAUGCUAGCUUUUGUUAGGGCAUGCGCUAUGAAAGGUACCGAACUUAUGAUCUCAGAUAUAGGAAAGGAACCGCCCCAAAACAGUUCUUGGUACGUUCUUGUCGCAAAAGCCCACAUGGGUAAAACUCCAGUGGAAACGAAAAAAAGGUCCCACGUGGAUUACGCAUUUGGCUGGAACAUCUACACCAUGAGAGUCAUGGGACUUUGGCCGGAGGAGAAGAUGAUCAAUCCAACGGAAAACCUAAAAGUGUUGACCGCGGUAUUUUUCAUAUUUUCCUUUGGAAGUUUACCGCAGACGGUAAAUCUUUUCUUCGUCUGGGGUGACUUCGAUCUGGUCGUGGAAAAUUUGGCUAUGGACAACGUGUUCUGUACUAUAACAAUUAUGAAGGCUAUUGUUUUUUGGCUUAAUGGGAAAAGUAAACUAAACGUUCUAAAAUAG